GGUCUAUACUUGUACUCUAAUUCUAAUGACUAAUAGAUGAGAUCCCUUGAGAGAUGUUUUCAGUUUUGUAUGGGUUUAUGGAUGCAAUGCAGGUUAUACUGGAUAACAAAGAGGGCAGGAGAAAGGUCUGGCAGUGGAUUGAUGAAAGCAAAUGCAUGGCAUCAUCGUGCAGAUGUUGUUUCAUCACUUGAUGCUCUUAUAGGGGGUUGGUGGAUCUAUUCUUGGGGUGAGUAUUUUGGAGCUGGUGGAUGCUGCAAUACCAUCUCAUCAUUUGGACCCAAUCAGAAAGACAGUGUUACAAGUCAAAGGAGUGGAGGCAAGUUUGAGAUGUUAGAUCGAAUACUACCCAAGCUAAAAGCUACAGAUCGUUGGGUAUACUAUUAUAUUCCCACUGAAUUCGAGUCAAAGGGGGAUACAAGUGGUGGUGAUCGUGGAUCCUUAAUUGACCAGUUUAACAAACCUGGAUCUCCAUUUUUCAUAUUCCAUCUCAGGUUGAUUUGCAAGCACAAGCUAGGCUCACGGAAUUGGUCAUAAGAAGGAGGUACUUGUUCUUCGGUUAGAUACGAAAUGUUCACCUCACAUUCACAUCACUACUUAGGAAUAUUUUAGGUUAACAUGUCUGCUUUGAAAGUACAUUUCAACUCAUUAAAAAUGUGUUGAUGUAAGGUUAAAUCAAUUGA